AUGUUGAACUUAGACUCGACAGAACCAGAAAGCAGCCCGAAUUCCUGGGAAUUGCGCAAGUUAGCAUGCCUUGAGAUGUUACGCAAGUUCCAUCCCACCCUGAUUUUGACUCAAGAAGGAUCCAAGGAGCAGCUCGAGUAUCUUCAGAGCGAGUUGAAAGCCUACGAGUGGUUUGGAUCAAAGAGCCAAGACGCUCCUGGCGGAGAGUACUCUGCCAUUCUCUAUAACCGAGACCAGGUUGAGGUGAUGGAGAGUGGGAAUUUCUGGCUUUCAGAGACACCUGAAGUGUGUGGGAGCGUAUCCUGGGGUGCAUCCACUCCUGCAGUUGCUACUUGGGUCAAGUUCCGAGUGAAAGGGCUACAGCCACCAGGUUUUGCGUUUCAAGCUUACAAUGUCAGGAUGAAGACAGGAAGCUCCACAGCGAGAGUGAAAGGAGUUUUGCUUCUGUGGCAGCACAUCAGCUCUGUUCCUCCGUCUAUACCCGCACUCAUUUGUGCGAAUUUCAACAAGAACAAGGGAUCUGCUGCUGCAAGAUUUUUUCUUGGAAGCUGGAAGCUGAAUGGCAUCGAAGGAGAUUUCAAAGACGUAUUGUCGAUAGCACGCAAGAAAAUCAACACGGGCCACGUAUACUCCCACCAUCGCUUUCAAGGUCCUGACAUGUCUUGCUUGCAAAUUGUCAAAAGUGCAAUGGAGAUAUGUACAGCUGAGAGUGAUCCAGGCAUUGUGGAUCCACUUCAUACUGACUGGAUGUUCCGCUAUGGCCGUGCACUGAAUCCUACCUACUGUGAGGUGGUGAUUAGCACAUGGGGAGGCAAGCUACCAUCAAGCCACUACCCACUGUAUGCUGAAUUUUCUCUGCCAAGAAGUGUGCAAGCAGCUCAGUAG